AUGGCGAUUAAGUUAGUCGUUGGAGGGCUCACCUUGAACAUUAUUAGUGCCUAUGCGCCACAAGUGGGGUUGGAUGAGAAGAUAAAAAGGCAUUUUUGGGUGGACUUGGACGAAAUAGUGGUGCAUGGAGGAUUUAGCUUCGGGAACGAGAAUGGUGGAGGAUUCUCACUCUUGGAUUUCGCAAAAGCUUUUGGAUUAAUGGUAGCCAACUCGAGUUUCCUAGAGAAGGAGGAACACUUGGUAACCUUCCGUAGCUCGAGGGUUGCAACGCAAAUAGACUUUUUGCUCAUUAGAAAAGAUGAUAAAGGCAUCUGUAAAAACUGCAAGGUCAUACCAAGUAAGAAUCUUACAACACAACAUAAGUUAUUGGUGAUGGAUUUGGAGAUAAGAAGGAAGAAGAAGAAGAGGGUCGUGAAUGACCGACCGAGGAUUAGAUGGGGUAGUUUGACUCCGUCUAGUGCCCUAGAGAUGGGGGAGAAGAUGAUGGCUAUAGGGGCAUGGGAUAGUAGGGGGAUGUGA